GAUCAUUUUAAAGCGUGGAUACAGGCUGUGAAGUGGAGCUAUCAUCUACCACCAUAUUUACAAAGAUGGUUUCAAGCUGAACUGCAGGAAUCAGUGAGACGUCAACACACCAUUCCACCUUAUCUGGAUGCAAAAACAAGAACAGAGUUUUAUUUGGAGUGGAUCAAUGCGGUUAUUUGAGAGAAGCCAUGUGGUAAAUCAACAUUUUACCAACGUUUUUUAGGUUCUGAUGCGCCACAGCGUGUUCAUACAGCCUGGAACAGGCAGCAAGAAAAGAUCCACUUUUCCAAAUAUCUGACUCUUGGGAGAAGAACACAGUUUGAGACAUUCAUUUGUUUUGUCCCCCUCCCGCUCUUGGCAGCAGCCCCCCCUUCCUCAGAUAUUGUGUCUGCAUGCGGAGCCGGGUGGAACAGAUGCGCCCCUCCGUCGCUUGGAACUCCGCUGGGAGGAAGUCUGGGCGCAUGAUGGAGUGAAGGCGAUACUCUCCUGGAAAUUGUUCCGUCUCAGCCUGCGGGGAUUUAACUGUUGCUGCUUUUUUUCCCCCUUCUUCUUCUAAAAAACUUGCAUAUUCGUGUUUUUUUUUAUUUUUAAAUUUUGCUUACAGCAUUUUGGGAAUACCGAUAUGAUCGACAUGGGAAAAUAUGGCAAAAUUCCCCUGCGACCUGCAGCGAAGAUUUGGACAUGUUGUUAAAAGAUUUUUUUUGGCUUUGACAUUUUUUUUCUUUGCAGUGUGCUCAGUCAACGUGACCAUGCUUAAAAAGUCUUCCCAAAUUCCUUUGCGCAUAUGGCUUAAAUUAGAACUCUGAUUAUUGAUUUUCUUUUGUUUGCUCAAAAAACACCAAUUGAAGAGCUAAACUCACAUGUUUCAUUAUCACUAUUAUUAUUCUUUUAUAUGUACAAAAAUGUGAGUUCAUCGGGAACCAGUGCGCACCAAUACCGCCAGUUUUUUAUUUAUUUAUUUAUUUCCGACGGGCAACGCGGGAUUUGGACCGCAACGUUCUCCCCCCGUCUUUCCCCUCCUGCCUCGCAGAAAACCGUCCGUGUGCUCCGACUCCAUGAAGUGGAUACUGGUUCUCCAUGGUGCCCACCGGCCAGGUGUGUGAGAGCGGCAGAAACCUGAGCUCUUCGGUUCUGUAGAUUCUGGACACACCUUUUUUAAUGCCAGUCAAGAGCUCAGCUGGCUUGCCAUGACGACCGAGGAGUGUCCUGUGCCACUGGGGAUCAUUUCCUCAGCAGUGCCAGGGCAGGACGAGGAGUACAGCUCGGCACAGGCUGAUGACAUCAUUGAGGAAGUGGGUCCGGGCGAUGAUGUCAGCAUUGGCAGUGACCUGAGCACUCUGGUGUUGCCCUUUCCCGAGCUGGCGCCCGUGGUCUUCUUCUGUCUCAAGCAGACCACCUGUCCACGCAACUGGUGCAUCCGCAUGGUUUCCAGCCCGUGGUUCGAGAGGAUUAGCAUCAUGGUGAUCCUGCUCAACUGUGUGACGCUGGGAAUGUACCAGCCCUGCGAGAACAUCGACUGCACCUCGGACCGCUGCCAGAUUCUGCAGGCCUUCGAUGCAUUUAUCUACAUCUUCUUUGCACUGGAGAUGGUGAUAAAGAUGGUGGCUCUGGGGAUCUUUGGUCGUCGCUGUUACCUGGGAGACACCUGGAACCGGCUGGACUUUUUCAUCGUCAUGGCUGGGAUGGUAGAAUACUCACUGGACCUGCAGAACAUCAACCUGUCGGCCAUUCGAACAGUUCGAGUUCUUCGACCGCUGAAAGCCAUCAACAGAGUCCCAAGCAUGCGGAUCCUGGUGAACCUGCUGCUUGACACUCUACCCAUGCUGGGCAACGUGCUGCUGCUCUGCUUCUUCGUCUUCUUCAUCUUUGGCAUCAUCGGCGUGCAGUUAUGGGCGGGGCUACUGAGAAACCGCUGCUACCCUGAGGAGAACUUCACCGUUCCUUCAGGUAUGACUCUGCCAGCUCCAUACUACCGACCGGAGGAAGACGAUGAGCGCCCCUUCAUCUGCUCCCUCGCUUCGGACAAUGGCAUCAUGUCGUGUACUGACGUGCCAGCAAGACGUGAAGGGGGACGCAUUUGUUGUCUAGACAAAGAAGAUGCUCUGCACAGGCAGGCUCUGGGUCUGAGUCCUGAGCCUCUGUCCAAUGGCAGCGGUGCUGGUGAGGCGCUGGGUCUGUGCAUCAACUGGAAUCAGUAUUACACUCGGUGCCACACGGGAAGUACUAACCCUCACAAAGGAGCCAUCAACUUUGACAACAUUGUUUACGCCUGGAUUGUCAUUUUUCAGGUGAUCACGUUAGAGGGCUGGGUUGAGAUCAUGUACUACGUGAUGGAUGCCCAUUCCUUUUACAACUUCAUCUACUUCAUCUUACUCAUCAUCAUUGGUUCAUUCUUCAUGAUCAACCUGUGCCUGGUGGUUAUCGCCACCCAGUUCUCAGAGACCAAACAGCGGGAACACCAGCUGAUGCAGGAGCAGAGGGCACAGUGCCUGUCCUCCUCCACCUUGGCCAGCAUGACUGAGCCAGGAGAUUGUUACGAAGAGAUCUUCCAGCUCAUCUGCCACGUCCUUCGCAAGGCGAAGAGGAGGUCAACAGCCCUCUACUACACUCUAAGGGGCAAGCCCCCGCCGGCUAUUGCAGGCAGGGGGAACAGGAGAGGYGUGGGGAACGUUAAUGGAGAGCAGCAUCAUUUCAGGCAGCCACGACCAACCAAAUGUCCACACCACAGCAAAAGUGAUCACAGCUCACAGACACAGACCAACUCCAUCAGUCUGUCUGUCCCAGAGAACCCUGAGGACUGUCCUAUCUGUGCAUUAUCUUUGAAAGAAGGAGCCAGGACUGUGGGAAAUUCAGCUAAAGGGGAAGACAGCGAAGGGGAUGCUGUGAAGGAAACAGACAAAGAGGAGGACCACUUAGAGGAGAAGGAAGAUGGGAAAAGGAAGAAGAGGAGGACAUGUUUUGGACAUUGUAAGGCUCUUUGGACAAAUAUAAGGAGGAAACUUUGGGGCAUUGUGGAGAGCAAGUACUUCAGCAGAGGCAUCAUGAUCGCUAUUCUCAUAAAUACCAUCAGCAUGGGCAUUGAGCAUCAUGACCAGCCUGCGGAGCUGACCAACGUCUUGGAGAUCUGUAACAUCGUCUUCACCAGCAUGUUCACCCUGGAGAUGUUCCUGAAGCUCACGGCUUUUGGCUUCUUUGAGUACUUGAGGAACCCGUACAACAUCUUUGAUGGCAUCAUUGUCAUCAUCAGCGUGUGCGAGAUCAUCGGCCAGGCAGAUGGCGGUCUGUCAGUGCUGAGGACAUUCAGGCUGCUGAGGGUCAUUAAGCUGGUGAGGUUCAUGCCUGCGCUGAGACGGCAGCUUGUCGUGCUGAUGAAGACCAUGGACAAUGUGGCCACCUUCUGUAUGCUGCUCAUGCUCUUCAUCUUCAUUUUCAGCAUCCUGGGGAUGCACAUAUUUGGCUGCAAGUUCAGUUUGAAGACGGAGGCAGGAGACACGGUACCUGACAGGAAGAACUUUGACUCCUUGCUUUGGGCCAUCGUCACUGUCUUCCAGAUUCUGACUCAGGAAGACUGGAACAUGGUGCUGUACAACGGCAUGGCGUCCACUUCUCCCUUUGCUGCUCUCUACUUUGUAGCUCUGAUGACGUUUGGAAACUAUGUGCUCUUUAAUUUGCUGGUUGCCAUCUUAGUUGAAGGUUUCCAAGCUGAGGGCGAUGCAAACCGCUCCUACUCGGACGAUGACAGGUCUUCCUGUAAUUUUGAGGAAAACGACAAGCAAAAAGACUCCCUGCACCUCUCAGACCCAAAGAUUUGUACCCUGACUCCGAAUGGGCAUCUAGACCCUUCAAUGUUGCCUGCUGGUCUGUUUCCUGGAGAGAAAUUGACCUUCGCGCUUGGCUCAAGAAAGAAUAGUGUCAUUUCUCUGGGCAGGGCUGACCUGGAGAAGAGGGCUAUGUAUCCAGGUCGAGGUUACCACAACUGGGGGCGCCCACUCCCUCCCCAGCCUCACCCCCUGUGGGCCCGCCGUUCCAGCUGGAGUAGCCUGGGAGGUCGCCCCUGCUCCUCCUCGUCUCCCACCACCAGCCCCGGCUUCACUCCCACUACCGCAAGGCCCUUCUACGGCUAUGGCCACGGGGGGUUCGGACAGGUCGUCGGAGGAAGCCUGCGCAUCCGCGGUCCUCGUGCCUCCUCAUCCUCUCAGCAUCACCACCUCCAUCACAUCCACCCAGAUGAAGAGGAGUCACUACUCGCUCCCCCUGCCGUUGCUCCCCACUGUUUUCAGCUGCCCCCUCCGAAGAUUCACGGGUGCUUUGCUCCUCAUAGGGACCGCAGAGCUCUUUCACUGGAGCUCCCCCAUGUGCUGCAGGUUCCAGCCGGACCCCAAGAUCCACAUCACUUGCUGCACCACAGGAAAAAAAGUCUCUCUGGGGGGCUGGUUAUUAGCAGCAGCAGCGACUUAGAAAGAGUUUACCAGGACUGCAACGGGAAGACCCCUCUGUCUCACCUACAGCCGCCUUUGAGACGGCAGACGCAGCAGACUAAAAGGGAGAACCCAGAGAGCCACCUGAUAAGUGAUGUCUUCCCCCAGGUUAAUGCACGCAGCAAGGACAAGGAGGACCUGGAUGAUGACAUUGAAUAUAGUUUGUGCUUCCGCAUCCAGAAGAUGUUAGAAGCAUACAGACCGGACUGGUGUGAGACAAGAGAGGACUGGUCCGUCUUCCUUUUCUCUCCUCAGAACAAGUUCAGACUGAUGUGCCAGUCCAUCAUUGCCCAUAAGCUGUUUGAUUAUGUGGUUUUGGUCUUCAUCUUCUCCAACUGCAUCACUGUUGCUCUGGAGAGGCCCAAGAUCCUGCAGGGCAGCCUGGAACGAGUCUUUCUCACCAUCUCCAACUACAUCUUUACAGCCAUUUUUGUGGGCGAGAUGACUCUCAAGGUUGUUUCCAUGGGUUUUUAUAUAGGCGAACAGGCUUACCUACGGAGCAGCUGGAACGUUCUGGAUGGGUUCUUGGUUUUUGUGUCUUUAAUUGAUAUUGUCGUGUCCAUGGCGGGAGGGGCAAAAAUCCUGGGUGUGCUCCGGGUUCUGCGGCUUCUCAGAACACUACGACCCCUCAGAGUAAUAAGCAGAGCUCCAGGGCUGAAGCUGGUGGUGGAGACUCUCAUUACGUCUCUAAAACCUAUUGGCAACAUUGUCCUGAUCUGCUGUGCGUUCUUCAUCAUCUUUGGGAUCCUCGGAGUUCAGUUAUUUAAAGGCAAAUUUUUUUACUGCCUCGGCCCUGAUGUUAAAAACAUCACCAACAAGUCUGACUGUCUGCGAGCCAACUACAAGUGGGUCCAUCAUAAGUACAACUUUGACAACUUGGGACAGGCCCUGAUGUCCCUGUUUGUCCUCGCCUCCAAAGAUGGAUGGGUCAACAUCAUGUACCAUGGCUUGGAUGCAGUGGGUGUGGACCAACAGCCGGUAACCAACAACAACCCAUGGAUGCUGCUGUAUUUCAUCUCCUUCCUCCUCAUCGUCAGCUUCUUUGUCCUGAACAUGUUUGUCGGGGUGGUGGUGGAAAACUUCCACAAGUGCCGCCAGCACCAGGAGGUGGAGGAGGCCAAGAGGCGCGAGGAGAAGCGUCAACGGCGCAUGGAGAAAAAGAGGAGGAAGGCUCAGAAGCUGCCUUACUACUCCAGCUAUGGCAACAUGCGCCUGAUGAUCCACACACUCUGCACAAACCACUACCUGGACCUCAUUAUAACCUUCAUCAUCUGCAUCAAUGUGAUCACCAUGUCCCUGGAGCACUACAAUCAACCUCACUCUUUGGAUCUCGCCCUGAAGUACUGCAACUAUUUCUUCACCUCCAUGUUUGUGUUGGAGGCUGUACUAAAACUCAUCGCCUUUGGAUUUCGACGCUUCUUCAAAGACAGGUGGAACCAACUGGACCUGGCCAUCGUGCUCCUGUCAUUGAUGGGCAUCACUCUAGAGGAGAUUGAGAUCAGUGCCGCCCUGCCCAUCAACCCCACUAUCAUCAGGAUCAUGAGGGUGCUGAGAAUAGCCCGAGUGCUGAAGCUGCUGAAGAUGGCAACGGGAAUGAGAGCCUUGUUGGAUACGGUGGUUCAAGCCCUGCCUCAGGUGGGUAACCUGGGCCUGCUCUUCAUGCUGCUGUUUUUCAUCUACGCCGCCUUAGGAGUAGAGCUUUUUGGAGAACUUGUUUGCAAUGAAGACUAUCCAUGUGAAGGUAUGAGUCGUCACGCUACCUUUGAAAACUUUGGCAUGGCCUUCCUUACUUUGUUUCAAGUCUCUACGGGCGACAACUGGAAUGGCAUCAUGAAGGACACAUUGCGGGAGUGCCCACCAGACAAUCACCCUGACGUGGACUAUGCCUGCAAUCCGAGCCUUCAGUUUAUCUCGCCCAUGUACUUUGUCUCCUUUGUGCUCACCGCCCAGUUUGUGCUCAUCAAUGUGGUGGUGGCCGUGCUGAUGAAGCACCUGGACGACUCCAACAAGGAGGCCCAAGAGGAGGCGGAGAUGGAUGCAGAAAUUGAGCUGGAGCUGGCCCAGGGCACCCUCUGUUGCAUGGGUGCCCCCGGUUGCGGGGGUGGGGGGGUGGACAAAGGACUGCUUCCUGUCGGAUCGGUUCCUGGAGGCCCAGCAGGGAGGAAGGAGAGAGGAGGCUCCCGAGGGGACAAGGGAGAAGGAGUGAGGAGGUUGCAGCAUGCRGUAACUAGUGCGCGCAUGGGACCAUACCACUCCUGUGACUCCAACCGGUCAUCGUACUCUCCAGCACAAGAGAGCCAGUGGUUGGACAGCGUAUCUCUCCUAAUCAAGGACACGUUAGAGGGGGAGAUGCUGAUGAUCGACAACCUCUCCGGUUCUGUCUUCCACCACUACUCCUCUCCGCCGCCUGUCUGCAAAAACUGCAAGGGCCAGCAGCAAGAGCAGAUCAGAAUGGCAGAGAUUGAGCAGGCGUCGCUGAAGUCGGAGCAACUCUCAGACAAAUCCUCGUCUCCUGCUUUGCCCGACGACCUCAGCCUGGACGAACAUACAAUCUAUCAGCUGUUGUCCCAGGAAGGAAAGGGAAGAUGCAGUAGUGGCUCCCAAAGCUCUGAAGAUGCCGGUGAAGAAGGAUGYCAUAACGGAGCUCACCAGACUCAGAAAGCAGGGCAGGUCCAGGUGCAGGGGCAGAGCCUGCAAAGCAAAGCCCCAAGCACUGGUACUGAGACGGAGACUGUGCUGCAAGAGGUGGAAAUGCAAACAUACCAACAACAUAAGUGCUCACCUCAGUGCAGGCCUGACGGUGCGGUUUCCAGCAUCAAUAAGGAAAGAUGUAAAGAAGAAGAAGAAGGAGGAGGAGGAGCCAGUGGUAUUUCAAACCUCUUCCAUCUGCCUACAGAGUUCUUCCACUCUUCAGGUGCAGCCAUCUCGAUUCCUUCCCGCAGUAGGAGCCUACGCUUGACCAGGAGCCUUAGACUGACCUCCCCAUCCUCCUGGGCCUCAUUCCGCUCCCAUGGAGCUCAUAGAAAGAUGCUCUGUGCACAGUAUCCAUCUCACAGUGACUCAUCACUUGCUACUGGAAGCUCUGAAGGCAGCCUUCAGACCACCCUGGAAGAAGGACUGAGCUUCAGUGUCUCUCCACCGCAAAACUUGGAUUUGCCAACAGCUUCCUUAUCASUCCUUUCGCCUCUCUCACAGCCUGAAGAUGGAAUGACCAUUUCUUCUUCAGUUCAGGCCCGAAAGCCAAGGCCAACCCCCCAGUCCACUGUGACCCUUCUGGCCACCAGGGGUCACCAGCGGAGCCAGAGCAGCGGACGAGGCAGCACUAGCCCAGGCUACAACCGUGAAGACUCAAUUGACCCCUCAGAUGAGGACUUGGGCAUAGGCAUCGGGUCGUCUAUCGGUGGUUGUGGCUCCAGUCAAGCGGGAAACAGUGAACACUUGUCAGAGACAAUGAGCAGCUUGUCCUUGACAUCACUGCUGUUGCCCAACUCUCUCGUGUGCCUUGGAGUGCCAGUAAAAAAGUGCAACAGCACAGGUAGCCUUGACAAAGGGGGGAUGCUGCUGUCUUCCCGGGGCAGGGAGGUCCAUAGAGAGAUUUUGGGCCUGGAGCUUAUGGACCCCCAGGGCUUCUUGGCCAACCCUUGGACAGGAGUAUUAGUAGAUACCAGGAGAGGAGGAGGAAGAGGGGAAAUUGAGGAUGGAGCGCAUGGUUUGAAAGGAAAGAGCUCAAGCCAAACAACAGUAGGGUCUUGUCGAAAAAAUAGAUGAAACCAACUGUUUUCUCUUUAUGCGUCUUUCCAUUUCUUGGAACUAAAACCCAUUGCUUUUCCUUUUACUCUCGCUGCUUCAUCAGUGAGACAGAGGAUUAGUGACACGUGAUGCCCUGUAUUUCAAAACCAAACCCUCAUCUUGCCAUUUAAGCCCCUUUAUAUACAUUUCUGACAAGUCCUGUUUUUGCUUCAUAAGGUAAUGGACUUGGAUGUGGUUAAUGAUGAGGAGCUGGCCCUAAUAGUUAAGGCCGAGGGGCAGAAGAAAGACCCUUCUACUCUGUAGAUCUGGAGGACCCUAAAAUGGUUAUGUUUGCACGGAAAACCAGGAGGCUUUGUGAUACCAGGAAGUCAGAAGCAGAUACAAAGAAUCUUAAAGAAGCAUCAGGGGAGUUUAAUGUUCUCUGAACAGGUUCCAUGAGGUUGAAAAUGCAAAACAGGAAAUGUGCAAAGUUGACAUGAUUAUCUAUGCUAGGAGAAGCUUUUUUUUAAAUUGUCAGUCUUUCAAAGACAGGGCAUGAGGUUAGAUUACCUGGAGUACGUCAGGGCGGAAAAAAGACUGGAAAACAAAAAUGUUUUUCUUUUGGAAAAGCAGAAAGCGGAUCUAAUGUCCAUCUGUUCUGGCAGACAGAAGCAACAGGUCCCACUCGCUCUUGCAAAAGACCUUCUGCUGAGACUGGAGUACAAGCGUGAGGUGGAGGAGAGUUCAGGAAUGUAUGUGCACAGUCUGCGUUUGUGUGUACGAGCACUGCCUCAGGUAUCCAAGGCACGAAUUAAAUCAUUCUCAUCACUGCACCAUACCUCAGUGUUUCUGAAACCGAAGAUUGGCAUCAAGUAUUGUGUGUCUGUCAACUUCAUUGGCAGYGGAAAAUGAAAAUAAAUUGAGAGACGAUGGAGGUAGAACUGUGCAUGGAGUGAUUCAUGAAAUUGGUUAUUUUUCUUUCUAUCCCUAGCAUCUCUCACUCAUGAACUUGGAGAAAUGGGCGUGAAAGGCAGGUACGUUGAAUUUAGUGGAAUAAUUUAGGCCAGAAGGCUUGGGGCAACCUUUUUUUUUUUUGUGCACUGAAACACGACUCACAAACAGUGAGACUUCAAGCACACUUCUUCUGACUGCACUUCCAAUCACCAUCUUCAAGGAUUUCUAAUGAAAUGGACUAAAAAAGUGUUGCAAGAAAAUGUGACUGCAUGAUGGGACUGCAUUUAUCCAUGUUUUUUUUAUCUAUAUACAGAUGUGUAUCAAGAUGUCAAUGUUGGGUGAUAACCAUGUGAUUCCUAUUCCAACUAUUUUUGUAGAAAAGAGAAUAGGCACGUGCAAGUGUUGCAUUAGUUUGUCCCGAUUUAACUCAAUCCAUGCAGUGUCUUCGACUUGUCGUCUAGGACUUUUUGUCUGCAAGUGGCUUCCAGUUUUAUAACAUUUUUUUAAUGUAAAGACAGUGUACAAAACAACAAAGCAAAAAAUUUCUAAGAAACUUGUGCGCUGGAGUGGAGGUUCCCUGCGGCACAUUUCACUAUGGGAACACUUGUUUCUCUUGGACUUUUUUUGUUUGAAUGUUUGUUUUAUUUCCUCGAUGUUAGCGUCUGUGGACAACCAGAGAUGAGGACAGCCAUGAAUCACUCACCACACGGGGGACAUCCUUGCUGGGAAAUACCACAAGCAGUGUGCACCAUCUCUAUGAAAGCUUUAAUUUGAGUGUAACGUCACAACAUAUCAAUCAUGGGCACCUUAGUGUUCCUUGAGCAUGGUUCUGAGAUUGCAAUACAGUGUUCCUAAAAUGACACCUCGAUGCACUCAUCUUUGAUUUAUCUCUCCGCACACAUAUACAGUAUGUUGUAGCAACCCUUUCGCAAUUUAUUGUUUGAGAUCGAAAGGAAAUAUUGAACAAAACUUUGCAUACUUUAUUGGAAACUUCUUUUUGCACUUGCCAUUUAAACAAUUACUCUUUCCCAAUUAGAGAUGCUCAUCCUACAGCCUGAUUUUUAAACUGUUGUAUUUUAUUUUAUUGAUCAUUAUGUUGGUUUUAAAUUGUUUUUAGAAAGUACAAGGUGAUGUGAGGCGGUCUGAGGGUUUGACCUCUUUUAUCAUGCAAAAUUACUUUGAUGACUAUGUUUGUGGUGUUUAGUAUUUAUGAGUGAAUGACUGAGUGUGUGUGCGUGYGUGUGUUUAUAACUUCAGGUGAUGUGAUUGCCUAUUCCUGAAGUGUCUUUGUUUGUCAGUGAGGAUACCUGAGGUUUAAGGUCAAAGAAGAAAACCAUGAAGCAACCAAGGGCUGUUUUAGCUUCAAAGAAAUAUUGUCCUAUCUUUCUGAGACAAAUCCUUGUGUCAAUGAAUAUGGCAUCAAAGGUUAAGCCUGACUUCACAGCAAUAAAUGUUCCAUGUGUAUGCCCUGAGUAAAUGAUGUCAAUGUGAUUUUUAUCUCCUCAGAACACCACAGAAUCUAUUAAUGUCUGUUUUUUUUCUUUUUAACCCAUCUGUGUUUGUACUCGUUCGGAUAUAGCACCUCUGCCCUCUCAGAGACAAGUCGAAAAGAGAUGGGCUCAUGUUGGACGUCUUCAACAAAUGAGGUUAUUGAACUCAGGUUGGGGGGUAAAAACCACUAGUGCUCAGACAGAAUGCAAAGCAGAGUUUUCCUGGCAUUUUUUAUUAUUAUUUUUUGAUUUGUGUUUAUACAGUUCUGUGUGMAGCCAGUGCACCAGUAACGAGCUGCAACACUGCACAAAUCGUGUGCGAGCAAAGUGUGCCUUUGUACAGUAUAUUUAUGCUACAGCUCAAACUCAAUUUUAAAACUUAAAAGAAACACGAGUUGUUUCUUACUAUUAGUCUGCCACUCAGGCAUUUUUUUUAAAUUGUUUUUGCAUAACGAUAAGAUGCAUUGCUUAGAAAUGCUCCAACCCCCUCAGAACCUAAUGCUGACACUUUAAAUUUCUAGAAAAUGAGAGUGUAAAAAGGCUAAUGGCAGGUUUCGAUUACAUCAGUCCAUUCCUGCAAAAGUUUAAAAAGCUUAAAUGUAUUUAAAUAAACCUAAUCGUCCAUACACGCAUACAUUUUCUUCUUUCUAUCUGUGGCUGGGUCACAGUAGCAACAGGUCUGGGAGGCAUCUCUCUCUUCUGUUCCUCCUGAGAAAUCCCAAGAUGUUCCCAGGGCUAAGAGAAUACAUAAUCCCACCAGCGAGUUCUGGGUCUGCCCCAGAUACGCCUUCUAGUAGAAUGUGCCUAAAAAAAACUCCCAGAAGGUACCCUAAUCUGGGAUUGAGGCAUCUGUUAGAAGACCAUGGAUUGGUGUAAAAUACAACCUCUCAACUCCACACUCCUUUCACACAAAUCACCUUGUGAUAUUUAACAUUUGUGAGCACAAUUUUGCCACUUUUAUGCUUCCCCAGUUGUUAUUUUCUAGUUAAACCACCAAGAAAAUUUGCAUUUGCAUUUUGUCUGAGCACACAUUCAGAGUGUAUAAUUCCCUUUUGUACAUAUCUUUGUAUUCUGCAUGUGUGAAUUGUUGCCAAUGACCAUAAAUAUACAAUUAGUAUGCAUCCUAAAAUGUACAAAGGUAAAGGGACUGCCUCAGUGUUUUUGAAUGCUGCUAUGAAACCACUAAAGUCAGUCUGAGACACAAACAAUUGUUAUUUUUUUUCUAGCACAUGAUUUUAAAACUAUAAAACUGUGCUUUUCAUCUAAUAUAAAAACCAUCUAGUGUUUGUU